AAUUACCCGCCCGUGGUGGCGCGCUCCAAACCCGGCGCCGUGCACGAGAGCUUCGCCGGGAGAGCGCGGCUGGUGGGGGACCCCGGGCUGCGCGACUGCUCCCUGCAGCUGGGGCCGCCCCUCAGCCCCGAGCUGGCCGGCAGGUAUUACUUCAGGGGAGACCUGGGAGGAUACAACCAGUACAGCUUCAGCGAGCACACCACGCUAGAGGUUAUGGAGGAGCCGGUGCUGGAGGUGCCGGCCGAGCUGGUGGCCGGCGCGGUGGCCGAGCUGCGGUGCCGCGUGCCGGACUCGUGUCCCCGCCAGCGGCCGCGCCUUCGCUGGGAGGGGACCGAGGAGCUUCCGGAAGUUUCCGAGAGCGAGCGGCGCGAGGACGCGGCCGGCGCCGGCUCCGUGGUGGCGCGGCUCCGCUUCCGGCCCCGGCGCGAGGACGGCGGCCGCAGGUUGGGCUGCCAGGUGACCCUGCCCAACUCCAGCCUGGCCUUCAACGCCGGCGUGGCGCUGGACGUGCAGUACGAACCACAGGUGCUGGAGGUGUCGGGCCCCAGCGAGGCCCUCGAGGGCUCCCAGGUGGAUUUCGGCUGCCAGGCCGAGGGCCGCCCCCCCCCGCUGCUCACCUGGUUCCGGGGGCCGCAGGUGCUGCGGGAGGAGCCGGGCGUGGCCUCGCUGCCGCUGCACCUGGCCCAGGUGAGCCCCCAGGACAGCGGCACCUACACCUGCGUGGCCGAGAACCGGCACGGCCGCCACAACCGGAGCCUGGAGCUGCACGUGGCCUACGCUCCCCACCCACCUGUCCUGAACGGCACCCUCUGGGUCGUUGCCGGUGACCAGGUGUCGCUCACCUGCGCGGCCGCGAGCCACCCGGCCCCGAUCGUGACGCUGGCCCGCGGGCGGCGCGUGGUGGCCGCGGCCGUGUACGAGCCCCAGGUGAGGCUGGAGCUGCCGGCGGCCGCACCUGAGGACGGCGGGGAGUACCUGUGCCGGGCCGAGAACCAGCACGGCGCCAGCAGCCUGGCCUUCAAUGUCACCGUGGAGUACCCCCCGGUGCUGCUCCCCGAGUCCCGCUGCGCCCCUCUGGGUGACGGCGCCGCCCGUUGCGUCUGCGCCGCCGCCGCGCUGCCGUUACCUGUGCUCGCCUUCGAGCUGCCCUCGCUCAACCUCACCGUGGCCGAGGGCCACCGCGACUUCGCCCUCACCGCACCUGGCGGUGGCCCAGGUGGCCCCGGUGGUGGCCCGGGUGAGGCGGUGACGGCCGUGCUGACGCUGCGCGGGGGCCUGGAGCCGCGGCUGGCCGUGCUGUGCGCGGCGAGGAACGGCCACGGCGCCGCCAGGAUGCAGCUCCGCUUCCAUCAUCCGGCCGGGCUGGUCUGGGCCAAGGUGGGCCCGGUCGGCGCCGUCGUCGCCUUCGCCGUCGUCAUCGCCCUCGUUUGUUACCUGAGCCAGAGCCGCCGCAAGAAGGCGUCGGGAAGCCCCGCGGUGACCCCGGUGACCCCGCCGGGGGGGCGGGAGGCGGAGCCACGCCCACUGCAGCCCCGCUGGCUCCGCGGCGCCGUCGGGCGCUGGGCCCUGGGGGUGGGGGAGGGGCCGGGAGCCCCCCCCGAGCCCGCCCCUCCCCCCAAACCCGCCCGGGGACCCCCCGAGGAGCCCCCGGAGUACGCGGAGAUCCGGGUCAAGUGACACCUGGGGACACACCUGGGCACACCUGAACCCGACCUGGACACACCUGAGAUACACCUGGGCACACCUGGACA